AUGCACGAAGGUAUCCGUAGUAUCUGCAGGCAGGCUGCAGGAUUGCAAGCCGCCGCCAGGCACACGACGCAGGGAAGGGUAGGCCCCAGUGGGGGAUCCGCUUUACUGUACAGUACUGCACCGGUAGAGACAUCCAGACGGAAGAGGAUGUGUUUUGGUUGCCAGGAUGUUGGUGCAUGGGGAAUUUCGGAUUUGGGCAUCAAAUCAACCCAGAUCGACUCCCGCCCAUGUCCCUGUCUCUGUCUUGCCCACAAAACGGCCCGCCAACUGGCAGUUGUCUGCCACUGGCGAAGCCCUGGGCGGGAACUGCUUGCUGACCACCAUCGGGUGUAG